CUUUGUGCCAGGCACUGUGCUGGGCCUCAUUCCUUCUUCCGACCUCUUCUUGGGUGGAAGAACAAAUUAACCAUCUCCAUUCCCCAGAGAGGGAAAGAGCCUCCCGCUGUCUGACCUCAAAUACCACUGCCAGCGCCCUGAUCUUGAGCCUAGACUAUGGCCAGGCGCUGGCCUGAGCGUUUUGCCUGCACAUAUCCGUCCACCCUCACAAGGAACCUAAAAAGGACCGUGACCUCCCCACUUUAUAGUGUCCCUGAGGCGCUAAGCUGCCUGGGUCCACCGGAGGCCGCGCCAUGAAUGACCGAAACAGUCGGAGGAGGACACUGAAGAAAGACGAUGAGGCCUUCGAGAUCUCCAUCCCCUUCGAUGAGACGCCCCACCUAGACCCACAGAUCUUUUACAGUCUGAGCCCCUCUCGGGGAAACUUCGAGGAGUCUCCGGAGGCCGCAUCCCCAACCGUGGCCCUGAUGAAUGGUGUCAGGGCCCAGUUGCACAUGGCCCUGGAGAGAAACUCAUGGUUGCAGAAGCGCAUCGAGGACCUGGAGGAGGAGAGGGACUUCCUGCGGUGUCAGCUGGACAAGUUUAUCUCCUCGGCCCGCAUGGAUGCAGAGGACCACUGCCGGGUGAAGCCUGGGCCCAGGCGGGUUGAGGGGGACAGCCGGGGUGGGGCUGGGGGCGAGGCCUCAGAUCCGGAGUCGGCGGCCUCCUCACUCAGCGGAGCGUCUGAAGAAGGCAAUACCGUGGAGAGGAAGAGACAGAGGCAGAAGGGAGGUGCUGGCCGGAGACGCUUUGGGAAGCCCAAGGCCCGGGAGAGGCAGCGGGUGAAGGAUGCAGACGGAGUCCUCUGCCGCUACAAGAAGAUCCUGGGCACCUUCCAGAAGCUGAAGAGCAUGUCUCGGGCCUUUGAGCACCACCGAGUAGAUCGCAACACGGUGGCGCUGACCACGCCCAUCGCGGAGCUGCUCAUCGUGGCCCCGGAGAAGCUGGCGGAGGUGGGCGAGUUCGACCCCUCUAAGGAGCGUCUGCUCGAGUACUCGCGCCGCUGCUUCCUGGCCCUGGACGACGAGACCCUCAAGAAGGUGCAGGCGCUCAAGAAGAGCAAGCUGCUGCUCCCCAUCACCUACCGCUUCAAGCGGUGAUCCUGCCCCACCUGGCCCGGGACGCGCCCUUCGGCCCCCACUUCCCUCCCUCCUGUGUCCCUCCUGGCACCGGGCGAGCGUGUGCAUGAGUGGCGUGCUCCUCCAGAGGCCCUGGGGUGUUUCUGCACGUGCCUAUCCUGCUCCUGCAGAUCCCCACUCCCACCCCAGGUUCCUCGUAUAUAGAUCCGGUCCCCUCCUUGCCUCUCACGUUCCUAGCUUCCUCCCCUUUCUCUGCAUCCCCUGGGGAGGGGCGUCCACUUAGCCUGGCCCCCAAGCUUCAGGGGUCGGUUUCUGCCCUUUCCCAAACACUGGCACUCCUCCCACGCGAGCUGCACCGUCCUGCCCUCACCGGGCGCUUCCUCCGGGGGACACUGCGAGACUCUCUGCGGGGCCAGGCACUGUACAUACCCCGUCUCUACCCCCAGCCCCGAGGAGAGGCUGGCCCACUCUGCCAGGAGCUCUCCACCUGCAUUCCGGACAAGAAAGAAUUAUUCAGAGAAUUUAAAUUAAAGAGAGACGAUAAAAUUUGGAAUAAACUAGGCCCGGCUCCUUUUUGGAGGGGGUGUCCGUUGCCGCGGAGACAGUGACGGGGCCUCCUGCGAGUUGCACGGAGCGGGCGGUCAGGCAGGGAGCCGGAGCUCGGGGAGACAGGGUGUAAUUAGCACCCCUGGCGGCAGGGGCGGGAGGAGGGAAAGCAGCUGUGCCCCAGGGAACUCGGAGAGGUAGAGCUCCGGGAAAGAGGCUAGCUCGACUAGAGGCGCGGUGGCAGGGGCCGAGACUCAGUGACGGGGACCGGGAAACGACACGUUCGGGCGGAGGCUUCCACGCCCGCCCGCCAGGAGGCGGUACUGCCAAAUUACCGCUCUUCCGGAAGUGCCCUCUACGUCGCCUGCUGCGCCUGCGCUGCGGGAGGGGCGCGAGCGCGCUUACGCUGUUGCUACAGCAACCAGGAGACGGCGGCUGUGCCUAACGGUCUGGAAUCCAGUACCUUUCCCGGAGUGAGGGAACGUCUCGCGCAUGCGUGCUGGGGCCUCUGGCACCCGUUCGCCUCCCGAAUGGUGAGAAACCUAGCCUAGACCGACCUCUACGCAGGCGCAGAAGCCCAACUCGCUCUCCUCCUUUUCCACUCUGCGCAGGCGCACAAAGCCGCGCUGGCAACCUCCGCAGCGGCCGCGCGCACCCUUCACCCCGCUGCCUGCUUUUGUCUCGCGCAACCUUUUUAGGCCGUCUGCGAAAUCGGCCCUUCUCUUCCUCCGCUCUCCUCACCCGGAGAGGCAGGGGCAGAGAGCCGGGACCCCGCCCUUUUUCCGUAUCCCUUCUCCUGACCAACCUCGUCUCUGUCCUCCCUCCCUUUUCGGUUCCCGAAGCCGGAAGGAGCCGAAGCGCCGACGGAAAAAAACGAAGCUGUCUCCCGUGAGUGAGGCCUUCACGAAGCGGUGGCGGAAGGAGCCGAAGUUCACCGGCUGGGGAGGAGUGAGUGCACUGUCCGGAGAGAGCCGAAGCUUGGCAUUGGGUUUAAUCCUCUGGCUGGAUUCGAGAGCCAGCGCUGGAAACCUUCAGAAAGCGCAGAAGUGCGGGACGUUUAGGAUUGUCGGAAGUAGCCGAUUACUUGGAUAGGGCCGGCAGCGUAGAGCGGGUCGAAUCUGCGGGAGCAGCGAGAGACUGGGACGGUUUGAAUUGUCGGAAGAAGCCGAACCCUUGGGGCGGGGGGCGCUGGGCGCAGAGGAACGCGCGGACCUACGGAAACACCCGACCGUUGAAGAGCUAGUUUCCGAAAAGUUACGAUAGCCUGGGAAGCCGGUGAAAUCCUCGCUUCGGGUGUUUUCGGAAGCUGCCGGAGUCGCCGCUAGCGAUUCCUUCUACGGCCCGGAUAUAGCCGACGCUAUUUGGAGCUAGGCUCUGGAGGGGGAGGGGCGGUUCGCGGGCGGGAGG